AUGCAGAUCACAGAAGAACUCUUGGACAUUAGACUCGACUACAGAGUGGGAAGUCCCACUCUGCGCACGCUUCCUUUGCAAACAGCUGGUCUUGAGCCUUUCCCCGGAUGGUUCGAGCUCUGGGCUCCAAUCACAAAAAUCCUAAAGGAGCACGUUUAUGCGCGCUAUGGCGCUCGUCCCAUACGACGUUUCCGCGUGAACGAUAACAUAGACGACCUCCCCAUCAGCGUGCUCAUUGAGUCAGAUAUCACGGUGGCUGGUCAGUAUGCACGAUGGGGCAAUGCCGUAAGAAGAAUCAGACGCCUCCUACUAGACAGCGGAUUCCACAUGGCUAUCGAAAUCAUAGACACACUGGCCGCUAAUGGAACAAAUUUGGAGAUUAUUGGAGGGGAUGACCGUGAGAUCAUCGAUACAUGGGAGAAAGUACAGCGCCAGGUAAUCCAACGACUGCAACCAAGCAAUUGGCUUGCAAUAGACGUACUCUACUGUCUCGUCGGCGAUUCUCGUAAACCCACUCGAUACCCCACAAUAUUCAUAUCUGCAUUGGAUGCAGACGAAGAUAUAUGGUUCCGGGAUAUACUGCCAUCAAUCCAUAAGACGGUCGGCUCAUGCUUUAGAGUUGAGGUACGCCAGCAUUCAGCCCUCCUGGCUGUCAAUGGCGAUGAUGAGAAGGAGCCAGAGGACCGUACCAUCUUUAACAUCGGCGGAUCUGCGGGUUAUGGGAUAGUUUCUAUGGGAACAUCAAUUGGCCUAGGAGGACAACGGCGGUCAGGUACGUUGGGCAUGGCAAUCGAGCUCCAAAACAGCGAAGGGCACGACCUCGGCGCAUUCGCACUCACGAAUUAUCACGUAAUCGCAAGUGGCGACAUGACGUCUUGGAAAGCUGGUGAGGCUAUCAAACCCGACCAUUCACUUGUGAAAGACGGUAUACUCACCUUGAUGUGUCCGUCUGAUGCAGACCAUUGCAGGAGCAAAAGAUACUGGGAAAAGAGACAACAGCAAUGUCGGACUGGGAACCUACCAUAUAAUGGCUUCUACCGAUGUAUGAUGGAAAGGGCUGAGAGAACCAAGGAAACUGAUGACCUCUGCCUAGAGAUGAUUGGUUUCCAAGUCGAAAGCGCGCUUGAAUCACAUCGCACAGCAAAUAGGUUCUUGGGGACCUUGUAUGCAUCGUCGGGUUUCCGAAAAUCCAAAAACCCCGACUAUUCUGAAGGCGUUGGCGGCGACUUUGGCUGGGCUCUGAAUUGGGCUCUUAUCAAGGUGCGGUCUCCUCUAGCAACAACAAACUGGGUUAAGCAUUUCAGUGUAACAAAAACCUGCAUCUACGGUGGUGCCCACGUCAAAUCGUACCAAAACCUCCAUCCCAAACAGAACUACAAUGUAGCCAAGAAAGGAAGAACUACCACAUGGACAACUGGAAGAGUCAGCGCCGUUCCAAGCAUCUUGAACUUCAAAAAGAGUGGACUAUCAGGCUUGUCACUACAGUUCAAAGAGAAUACGUUGGAUGGAAUCGUGUUUGCCUUUGGCAUCAGAUCAGAUGACGACAUCACUGAAUUCGUUGAGGAAGGUGACUUGGGAAGCGUCGUUCUAUUGAAUGAGUACUCAUCAGAGGGGGCUAUCGCUGUUGGCUUGACCAUUGCCGCUAACAAUGUGACGUCUAUGGCGUAUAUGACGCCUAUAGCGCAUGUCUUUCGCGACAUUGAAAAGGUUACGGGCGGAGCGAUAGUUAAAAUGCGAGAUCUUGGUAUGGCGGAGAAGGAUGUCAGAACUUAUCGGGGUAUUUACGACAGAGAUUAA